UACGACUCCGAUAGCUACGACUCCUUGAAAGCCCGCAUUCGUCUGUCCGCCGAGUGGUUGGAGACUGCCAGGAGAGAGCUCGAUGAGGUUCUUGAGAGGGACCCUGCUCGGGUCAUGGAGUACUCCCAGGUGGUUGAUGAGCUGAUGCAGAUUCUCAGGGACAUGGACCUCUACAUCGACAAAUGCCAAAAGGACAACGUCAAGGGUUACCUUCAUUCCUGCAACCGGUUGCUUGCCCGUGUUAGGAGGAUGGAGGCUCAGAUUCUCAAUCUCCUCAAAGAGUUUCACGACGACGAGGACCAAGGACCUGGAGGACAGACU